AUGCCAGAGAAAAUCCUCCUCAUAGGUCCCGUUAACGGGCGGCUGACAGAGCUGGUCUCCAAAGUAUCAGCUAUCCAGUCGAAACACGGUCCUUUCACAGCGCUUUUCAUCCUCGGUGACCUAUUCCAUCCCAACCCCACCGACUCGGUUCUUCAGCAACAAACCAAUUUACUCGAGGGCAAGCUAGCGCUCUCUAUCGCAACGUACUUCUACCAGGGCACAACACCGCUGCCCUCCCCUGUUGCUGGUAUGAUUAACGAAGCGGGAAAGCAAAACAACAAAGAUGUACCGGAAGGACUAGUGAAGGUGGUUGAGAAUUUGUACUAUGCAAAGGGGAAAAGCGGAAUUUUCACCACUCCGACCGGCUUCAGAGUAGCGUUUGUUGGUGGGAGAUGGGAUGCGAAAGCGUAUGCAGAGGCCUCCGAAGCAGGGGCCCAAUUUGACCCGCAGGAAUGGUACGAAUCCCCCACCCAACGUUCAGAGGAUGAGGCACUGCCGUAUGUCACACCAGCAACUAUACACCGUCUUCUCGCACUUCCUUCUUUCCGUCUCCCCUCCCCUUCCCCCUCCAUUACCACCACAUCGACUAAUGGGGGUAGUGCGAAAGCAGGAACGCUAGCAGCAGCACGCACAGCCGCAGCCCAAGAAACAGCCCGCUCGUCCGCCCAAUCGUCCGCCCUCACCCUCCUCACUUCCCGAACACCAAUCGAUCUUUUACUCACAAGCGUCUGGCCGAGUGGUGUCACCCUAUUCUCCACACCUUCACCCCCAAACCCAUCCGAUCCACUGGGAGGUCUGCCGGAUGGAACGGCAAGAAUGUGGGGUUCACCAGCCAUCGCUAGGCUCGCAUUGCACGGUUGUCCGCGGUAUCAUUUUUCUCUUGCUCCCACACCCGCUGCGGAGGGGGAGGAGGGGGAUCUACCGGUAGGGAUAAGCGAAGAAACGCUGCAAAUGGGGGCUUUCUGGGAAAGACCACCUUACCUCACCGACUUGUCCUCAUAUCUUCCACAGCCGCUGGAUCUGGGAACACCGGCGGGAAGGAGGGAAGCGGAGAAAUUGAAGAGUGUAACACGUUUCGUGAGUUUGGCGAAAUUUGCCAAUGAGAAGAAGAGGAGGUGGUUCCUUGCGCUGAAUUUGACCCCGGCGGAAAAGCAGGAGGUGGGGCAAGUGAAGGUGCCGGGGAAUGUUACUCAGACGCCGUACUUUGUUCCGAAGCAAGGGGGGCACGGGGUCAAGAGGCAACCCCCACCAGCAGCGGUGGUUGGGGAGGAGGAUGGAGGGGUGAACUACAGAUUCCAAGAACAAAGAAAACGACAACGUGGGGAGGGGGAUUCGGAAGUGCCACCCAAAGGAUACGUUUGCAGGAUAUGUGGUGUUGAAGGGCACUACAUUCGAGCUUGCCCUUCAAAAGCUCAACAAAACAAUUCGGCUUCUACUGGGACCAACACCACCCCUCUACCCACCAACACCAACCCCGACGGAGACCAGAAGGGUGGAUGGACCAAAACCACAAUGCCCCUCCCAGCAGGUCUUCCAGCCAAACCCUCCUUCUCCACCCAUCCUAAUGCUAAUCCACGUCGACAACUCAUCCCGGUAGGACCCUCCAAUUGCUGGUUCUGCCUCUCCAACCCUUCCGUAGCCAAACAACUCAUCAUUACCAUCGGUUCCGAAUCCUAUCUGGUUUUCCCCAAAGGUCCUUUCUCGCAUCCUUCGAUCAACAGUAUUCCUUUCAACGCGAGUCACCUCCUUGUCGUACCCUUGACGCACACGUCUAACCUUCUCCCACCGAACCAUCCCGUCUUGAACAGAGGUGACGACCUGGAGGAAGCACGGGAGAGGGAACGAGUGAGGACCGAAAUGGAAGAGACGAAAAAGAGUGUUAGAGCAAUCUGGGAAGAAAAAGGCCAUGUGAUGCUGGAAUGGACCCUGGUCAGAGCUCAAACCAGUAGUCGUAUGACUCAUUUCCAAACCCAACUGCUCGCCCUUCUCUCCGGGGUCGCAGAGAAUUCCGAUCUGGUGAAGAAGCUAGAUGAUGGGUUGGAGAAAGCUUGUACCGGGUCAAAGAUCCUACGCAACCAGAACGAGAUCGAGGGCUAUUUCGCAGGGCAGGUUCCCGCUGCAGAAGGAGGUGAGCAAGAUGGAUAUUUCCACCUUGCCCUCCAUCAAGGGGAGAGGAAAGAAUGGCUUAUUCCUUUAACAACGAAUACGAGGUUUCCGGUUCAGUUCGUGCGUCAUACGCUAGCUGGUAUCUUCGAGCUUCCACAGUUGGCGGAUUGGAAGACGAGCAUCGGUGCACAGGAAGAAAAGGGUGAGGAAGAAGAGGAGGUGGCAGUGGAGAAGAAGAAUUCGGCUGGGUUUAGGGGCUUAUUGAUGUCCAAUAGCUCGUAG